CAUGGGAAUAUCUGAUGGAGCUUAACUUCCUGGCUCCUCCAUUACCAUCCUCCUCAUCUUGAUAUUGUUCCAUGGACAGUAAAUGCGACCUUUUCUGCUAUUCAGGAAGUAACUCAAUUCUGCACCACCGGUUUUUGUAGCUGUCUCUUAAGGCUGCUGGCUGAAAACUGUGUCUAUGCAACCUUCCAAGUGUGGAGUGUCAACCAACUGGACAGGGGAGAGCACUGCUCCUACUCCAGGACUCUCACAGAGCUGAUCAGCUGUACUUCAGAAACAAAAUAAUAAAUUCCAUGUUUUGUAUAUAUCUGACAAAACUGGCAACAUCAUACAGACUACUGACUUGAAAACAACCUCUUUUAUAUUUCUCUAUUUCUGGGCUGAUGAAUUGGUUUUCAUCUAUCUUUUCCCCCUUCAGAAUUUUCCUUGAAAAAAAAAAAAAAUACUAGCCUAGCUGGUCAUUUCUUUGUAAGGUAGUUAGCAAUUUUAAGUCUUUCUUUGGUCAACUUUUUUUUAAUGUGAAAAGUUAGGUAAGGAACUUUUUUACUGCUUUUAUGUUUUUCUGUCUUGUUUUGAAACCAUGACGGUUAUUAUACUUUUGGUUCCUAAAUAAAAUGUUUAAAAAAUUAACAGCCAAGUCACAAAGAUAAUGGAUUGCACAUAGACUAAGGAAUAAACUUCAGAUUUGUGAUUUUUGUUUCUAAUCUUGAUGUAAAUUUACACUAUUUAUAAAUACAUAUUUAUUGCUUGAAAAUAUUUGUGAAUGGAAUGCUGUUAUUUUUUCCAGAUUUACCUGCCAUUGAAAUUUUAAGGAGUUCUGUAAUUUCAAACACUACUCCUAUUACAUUUUCUAUGUGUAAAUAAAACUGCUUAGCAUUGUACAGAAACUUUUAUUAAAAUUGUUUAAUGUUUAAAGAGUUUUCUAUUGUUUGAGUUUUAAAAAGACUUUAUGUACAGUGCCCAGUUUUUGUUCAUUUUUCAAAUCUGAUUAUAUAUAUUUUAUAUAUACUUAUGUAUGUAUAUAUAAUAUAUAUAGAAAUCUGGCUAUAUAUGUAUAAAGAUUUAGAACUUAAAUUUUUCUCGUUUUAAGUUUCACAUCUAUGGUAGAUUUUUGAGGUGUCUACUGUAAAGUAUUGCUUACAAAAGUAUGAUUAUUUUUAAAGAAAUAUAUAUGGUAUGUAUCUUCAAGACCUAAAAUGUCAGACUGGUUUAUUGUUAAGUUGCAAUUAACUGCAAUGACAGACCAAUAAACAAUUGCUGCCAAACAUAGUAUAAUAGUAGAAAACAAAUAGUGAUUGAACUUAAGAUUUUAAAGGGAAUGUUACAUGGGCUUGAUAAAUCUUGUACAUCACUAAGUAGAAUUUUAUAUGGAAAAAUUCAGAUGAAGGGCUCUAUUUUAGAAUGCAAAUAAAUUAAGAGACUUUAUUUUUUAAUGUUAGGCAAUUUUGAAAUUUCAUGCUUUCCUGCUUGCAUGAUGUGAUUGGGGUGGGGGGGAGAGUCUACAAAUCCGUGUCACUGGUAAAAAUAUAGCAAGCUAUAUUAGCAUUAACAAGUCACUUCUAAUUAACAGUAGCAUUUCGUUUUAUAACAAUGGUACCUUGCACUUGGCACAUACUCUCUCUUUAUCAUACUGUUCUUUAUAAGAUUUUCCAGGAAGCUUUAGUGAAGAAGCAUAGAGAAUGCUAGAAAUGGAGUUAUAUUUAUGACUAAAGAGAAUUUAUAAUCCCAUCUGGGGAAAUGCCGUGCUGAUUGCAUUAAUCAAGUAUUCUUGUUCAGAUAGUUUUGGAGUAUGUUGUCCUCCUAGAAACAGUUUGAAGGCUUGAAAGCAUGGAGAUAUUUUAUUUAAUUAGUUAAUUUGGUAAAUAUUGAAUAUCAUCAAUAGCAGCAAUCAUCUCUCAUAACUUCAGAAGGAAAUACUUACAAAUCUAUUUUAGUUAGGAAGCAAGAGUGCUUGUCUAAGUGCUGCUUAGGAUGUGUAACCACUAGUAUUUUUGAAAUAACUAAAGACAGACAUUUUUGCAAAUAAAAAUUGCAAGCCAACUAUCCAGAAGCAAAGAUUAUAAGAAUGCUAAAGCUAUGCCUAAAUGUAGCUUAACCAGUUCUAGUUUAUCUUACUGACAAAGUGUCUUAUUUUCUAUGGUUUUAUCAGAUUGUUUAUUGCUAAGAUUAAUAUAGAUUGUCUGACAUUUAAGAGUAAUUUAGUGCUGUUUCACCAAUACAUACUUGGAAGUUUUAUGUCAAGAAUAAUACUUGCUCAGCUUAAUCUUUGAAUGGGUAGAGAAUAGGAGAUAGAAAUUAAACACAUCAACAUUACUCCGAAGUAUAACUAGAUAAAGUUGUGCAAACUACUUUCUUUUCAUCAAUUUGAUAUCCCUUAUAAUUUACAUUUUUCAGGUUUCAGAAGAAAUAGAAUUUUUUUUUCUUUUUACUGCUCUAUGUAUAGGUAAAUCCCACUAAACCACACUUUAUCUGGAUGCCUUAAUAACACACAUUGUUUAAAGAAAAGCUAAUUACAAAAUGUAUAAAACAGAUGUUGCUCCAGAUAGGGGGAACUGAAUCAUAUUCUCUCUUUGUCACCAGUUGAAUAGGAAAUCAUAUACCAUCAGUAGAGCAAUUCAACUUGCUUUUUAACCUAUGUUAAAUCAGUAAAAAAAAGUGGCUUUUUCAUUUUGAAAUAAAACCUAAGUCAGUUUCUAAAAGUAGUAAACUGACACAGCCUUCACAAUUUCAACGGAAAUUUAAGAUCACAUAAUACUAUGAAUUUAACUGAAACGAAGUGUCUUCUCCGAACCUAGUCAUUAAAUCUUUAAAUUAUUCUCACGUGUAUUUUCAUUUAGUAUAUUUAUUUAGCAUCUCCUUAAAUCUAAGAUGUGAUCCCUGUCCUCUCUCCUCUCCACACACAUCUAAUAUGGGAGAUUGAUGUAAUACAUAGGCGAAACCUAGAAGAGUUAAGAAGGGUAAUAUUGGGGCGGCCUGCAUUUCAGUGAGGUUUACAUUGCACCUUCCCGAGCCAAGAGGAUUUGGGAACUUUGGCCAAGGGGUUGGAGGAAUGCUAAACGAAAGGGUAUGAAAGCUCCGAGAUGUGGGAAAGCUGCCUCUGCCAUGAGCGGUGUUUACACUUUACCCUGUAGUUAAUAUGGAAUUGUCCAUGGGAUUUAAACGAAAGAACAGCACUAAAUUUGCAGUAGUCUUCCUGCCUACUUUAACACAUUCCAUCAGAUAAGUUCCACAGGAUCCAUUAGAUGUCUUCAAGUGAAUGGGGUGCUUCUAACCAGAGUAGGAAAUACGGAAGUGUGGUUCUGGAGGCAGAAACUAAUGAACUGCUUGUGGGGCAUCUAAGUAGUUGAAAUUGAGAGGCCUGGUCUGGAACCAUGUAUCUGAUGUUCACUGAGGUGGUGCUUAGAACCAGAAGAGAUGAUACGAUCCAGGAACUGUGGUGAGGAGAGGUAGACCAAAUACCCACUAAGGAAUGUCACAUAUGAGAGAAGUGGAAAUUGUAAAGGAGAAGAAAGCUAAACCAGCCAGGGUGAUGUUGGACAAACCAGAGCUUUUGAAGAACAGCCACACCAUGCUGCAGAGAUGAGGAUUACAGGGAUUUCUUUGGGUUGGCACAAGAUGGUGACAUUUACCAGAGCACCUUCAGUGGAGCAACAACCAAACUGCCAUGGAUGGGAAAAGGUAUUGA